AGUCUACAGUAAAAACUCUUGGACAGAAAUUCCUACCCGUCAGAAAGUUCCUCCGAAGUGUCCAUUAGAACCUCCGACAUGUGUCGUGUGUUUGCACUGCUGGCACUGCUAGCAGUCGUCUGCAAUGCAGCCGUUAUUCCGAUCCAGCCACAGCUCCUGGAUAACUUGAAGCCCGAGCAGCGUGCAACACUUGACGAGGCUUUGGCUCAGCUGCUGGAAAACAUCCGUGAGCUGCUGCGGACGGGUGAUCCGGAACGGGGCAUUCCCGUCAUGGCUCCGCUGCAGACCGAUCAGCUUGAUGUGGACCUGAGUCUGGGUGGAUUGCUAGACUUUACCGCCAUUUUGCGCAAUCUGUUCGUCGAUGGAUUGGACCGUUUCCAGGGCACACUGACGCUGAACGUCAUGCAGAUGGAGUUCCGGUACGAUUUUCUCUUCCCGGACGUGAUUGCUCGCGGACAGUACGAUGCAGAUGGACGUGUUUUUGGGCUGAUUCCGGUGUUUGGGUUCGGCAAUUUCCACGUUGCUCCGCGCGAUCUACGCAUCCAGGGUACGGCUCUACUACGCCAGCUACCGUCCGGCUAUCUUCACAUGCCGGAACUCAAAGCCAAUGUGCGGCUUGGAUCGUUACAGAACAACAUCGAGGGAAUGUUGCUCGGAGGAGAGCUAUCUGAUCUGCUUAAUGUGGUCAUCCAAGAUCUGGUCCCUUCCGUGCUGAUUAACUUUGCGCCGGAAGUGACAGAAAUGAUUUCGCGCGUCGGCAUACCGAUUGCUGACUCCAUCCUCAACACGAUGACGCUGGACGAUUUGUUUGCAUUGAUUCCCAUGAAUCAACUGGUAGAAAACUUUCGGCUAGGAAUGGCGGACGGAUUUCCACAGCUGAACCUUCCCGUGCUGGCACCGUACGCCUGGAAAGGGCUUCAUAUAAAAGAUUUUGAUAGUGGUAUGCUCAGAUUAAACGCCGAGCUAAAGGACGGAAUCACGCGAGGUCUGAAUCAGUUCAACAUCACAAACCUGAACAUUGAAAUUCCAUCUCGAAAGCUGGACUUUCAACUGAUCUUUCCGUCUGUGCAAACGGUUGGACGUUAUGUGGCGAAAGGCCAACUGGCCGGAUUUGUGCCGUUCGAUCGGUCUGGAAAGUAUUCGCUGCAGCUGUACGUUUCGGGCCAGGUUCCGGAAUAUUUGCGCAACAAUCGCAACAGCAUUGCGUUGCAAAUAAGAGCCACUGUGAAGCCUAAACUGAACGAGAUAUUGUGGAGGUAUGAUGUGGAAGAUCUCUUCAAGAUGAUGCUGGAGAAUGAAUCAAGUUUGAAAAUCAAGAUGAAAAUCUUGCUAACCGUCACCGUUGGCCUGGUGCUGGCCUGUACCUUGACCGGUGCAGCUGCUCAGGAGGAAAAGUACCUUAUGGCUCAGCCCCGGGACAAUGCUCUGAAUGAGUUGGUCAUCCAGUUUCUGGAAAGCUUCCGCGAGUCGAUGGUCUGUGCCAAUCCAGAUCUUGGCAUCCCGGUGCUGGCUCCGCUCAAGGUGGACCAUCUGGAGAUGGAAAUCAAGCAGAAACUCUUCCAAAUUAGUGGAGAGCUAAAUAAUUUGGUCGUUGAUGGAUUGAACGAGUUCGAAAUCAAGCACAUCGACAUCAAGGUGCUGAAGCUGCAGCUGGACUUUGAGUUCUACUUCGGUGCGAUCCGCACCAAGGGAAAGUACAAGGUGAAGGCCAAGCUCAUCGGACUUCUUCCCCUGACCCGUUUCGGCUCGUUCCGUUUUGAUGCCAAAGGUCUUACCGUGAAGGGUAGCGCAUCGAUUGGUAUCAGUGGUGACAAGCUGCAGAUUCGCAGUCUCACCGUAACGCCAACGCUUAAAUCGGUACGGUCUGACGUGAAGAACGUGUUCCUGCAGCCGAUCGUCAACUUUAUGUUUAAUCGCGUGGUCGAGGGCGUCGUGCCCGGGCUGAUCAACAACAAUCAGCAGGAAAUUACGCAGCUGAUCGAGCAGCAGCUUAAACCGAUGAUCAACGAAAUGUUGGGCGACCUUUCGCUGCAGGAUUUGAUCGAUAUGGUUUCGGGAGGUGGUGGAUCGGGACCAGUUACUUGUGAUCGCGAUGGAGCGUUGUAAGAUGGGUUUGCAGAAAUCGUAUCGAUGACUGUAAGCGAGAAGUGGCAAACGUUGGUAGGGUUAGGUGGGGAAGAAGCGUUCGAAUCCAAUUCGUAAGGGCUGUGUAUACAAUUGUUUUAUAAUUUUUGUUAUAAAUAGAAAUUGAAAAUUGAAAUGAAUUGCAAGUUAAGUUGAAAAAGAAAA